CACGAGUGAGUGAGUGGACGGACGAUGCCCUGCCCGUGUGGGUUGAUUGUCUCGUGUGUGUACUACAAGCUCUUGUCAGUCAGUCAACAGCAAACACACCUCUGCAAGUGUCAGAUGAGGAAUUCAACGAAUCACACUCACGAGAAACACGUGUAUACGAAUGUCGCUCCAGACGCCCGCCCAUUCCUUCCUUCGGCCACCCCCACCCAGGCAGGUCAUGUCAGUCAGUCAGUCAGUCAGUCAAUAGUCAGUGGCCCCCUCGAUAUACGAGUCGGCAUUCAACGCGCCGUCCUUCUCCUCCUCCUUUCCCUCUUGACCCUUUUCCAUCGCACCAGCCUUAGCCCCCUUCUCUGAUUUCUCUUCAGCCUGUCCCGCGUCACCAGAGGGCUGUGGUGGUGUGUCUUGCUGGUCCUCCUCCGUUUCUGUGUCGGUGUCCACAUCGGUCUCCUCCCCCAGUAUGUCCUGCUCGUCGAUCAAAGGCUGACUCUCUUGCUCCUCCUGCUGUGUCAGCUGCGGUGGAAGGCCACGAGGCAACGCGACGCGACGACGCCAUCUGAGAGAGGGGAGAGAGCAACGAACGAACAGUGGGCAGAUUCAGCUGUUUGUCGUGGCUGCGUAUAUAUGUGUGGCCACCGCCGGCCUACCUACCUGCUUCGUGUGGGUGGUGGCCUGAGCAGCAAAGGCGCCUCGUAGCCUGGGUCCAGCAGGGAGAACACAUACGCCCGCGACACUCGAUACGUAUUCCGCAGCACCUGCAGCCAGGCGGGAGGGACCAACGCAGACAGGACAGACGCCAUGAAUCACCAAUCAUCCAUUCAACCACUCAAGAUUGACUGUCCUCUGCCUGGCCGCAUGGUUGUGCCAUUAAUUGCCAUGUACUGACUGUACGUACCCUUCUGAUGAGUAGGCGGUCGUGCUCGUGUCGGAUCUUGACCACACUGCCGCCGCCUAUGGCAUCCACGCCCGUCAGGCACCACAAACAUGACACCACGGCAGCGAUGGUCCAUGCGAUGGCUCUGCAGGGGCCUGCGCACACCCUGUCCAUCCUCGCUGAGUCGCGCAUGAAGAGAUCGGUGCGGAUGGACACGCUG